GCGUCCGCGGGCCUUGCGGCGGGCCCUGGGGCCGGGCCUGGUAUGUACCGGCGGAUGGUGUCCGCCCUCCGCGCCUUCUUCUGCCCCGCACGGCCGGACACCCGCCUCCGCGCCAGGACCCGACGCCUCAAGAGGGGCCGCACGGAGGGCAGUAUUCGGUCCUCUAUAAGUGACUCUGACGAGAUACAAGCCAAAAGACCAAAAUUAGACUAUGUUAUUGGCCAAGUGAAGAAGACCGUAUGGGAUGUUGCCAAUUUGAUAAGGCCAUCACCAUCCCAGUCCAAGUGUUUAGAGACUUCAGUUUGUAAUGGAACACAAAGUGGGAAUUCUGAUGAAAAGGUGUUCCCAAACUCUUCAAACUCUUCAUCGAAUGGACCGGACCGUCAAAUGGAUCCUCGACCUUGGGGUGACACGCAGAAAUUGGAUAAGAAAACACCUAAUGGAGCCAGUAAUUGUGCAGAUAAAAUGAUCCAAGAUUCAAGAUCUGCAAGACUGGUGCCUCUCUUAAGCUUUCCUCUGAACCAGGGAACUUGUAACCCGAGUUCAAAUGGCAGUCGACGGAACAGAAACCUUCCAGCGAGCUUCUUACCGUGGAAACGGCCCAUUCGGGAGUGUGGAACGUCAGAGCCGUAUUCUUCUGAAACAGGCAAAACACUCAGAAGACCACACUACACCGUGGAAGAGGGUGUUCAGAAAGAGGAACGAGAAAAGUACAGAAAACUCCUACAGCGCCUUAAGGAAGGAUGCCAGGGAAACCAUUCCACUCCUAUUACUGGAAAGCAUUGCAGUUCUCCGCAGUAUCCCAAGGAAGCAUUAAGUAACAGUGGCUGGGGGGAAGACCACUACCACGGAAUGAGAACAAACCAGUUCCUUCCAAAGCAGUAUAGGGGGGCCGAAACACGGGGCUCGGUUCGUGCCGGGAGAAACGAAAAAAGGUACCUGAAGGUAAAAAUUCCUGAACCUGAAAAAUCAAUUGGACAGAGAUUAGGAAAUGAAGGUAGGUGGGGACAACCAGCGGAGUCCGACCUCUCGGAGGAGGUUUCGGUCCGGCUCUGCCUGGACAGCGGAAGCUCUUCGCUCUGGAGGAGACCAUCUGUAGUGGAGAUGAAGGACCAGAUUUGCCCAGGCCCUGAAAAGGGAAAGAGCACGGAGGAGCUCCCCAAACUCACCGUGGACAUGGAAAAAGACAUAAGUCGAGCAUUAGGUCACGGUCCGAAGGAUGAGGUCUUAAGCAGUGCUUUCAAAUUGCGAAUUACCCGUGAGGACAUCCAGACCCUGAAGAAUCAUCAUUGGCUUAAUGAUGAAGUCAUUAAUUUUUACAUGAAUCUUCUGAUGGAAAGAAAUAAGAAGCAAGGCUUUCCAGUGCUGUUCGCCUUUAGUACUUUCUUCUACCCUAAAUUUACUUCUGGAGGUUACCAAGCAGUAAAAAGAUGGACCAAAGCAGUGGACCUCUUUGAACAAGAACUCAUUCUUAUACCCAUUCACCUGACGGUACAUUGGAGCUUAGUGGUGAUUGACCUGAGGAAAAAGACGAUCCGAUAUCUGGAUUCUAUGGGACAAAAAGGCCAUCGGGUGUGUGAGACUUUGUUCCAAUAUCUCCAAGAGGAAAGCGAAACCAAAAGAAAUAUAGCUCUGGAUCCAUCAGAAUGGACUCUCUACAGCAUGAAAUCACAUGAAAUUCCUCAGCAGUUGAAUGGAAGUGACUGUGGGAUGUUUGUCUGUAAAUAUGCAGAUUAUUUGUCCAGGGACAAACCUAUCACUUUUACUCAGCUUCAGAUGCCUCAUUUCCGGAAGAGUAUGGUGUGGGAGAUCCUUUAUCAGCAACUGCUCUGAGCGAAAGUGCCCGCGUUUUCUCCAGCUCCUCGGGAUGCUCCAUGGACACGUUCCUAUAUACCUCAUGGGUGAAAGCCCCAGUGUAGUUUUCAGCUCUCCUGUAGGUACCGAGCUGUCAACUGCACGAAGGAC